AUGGAUGUUCCCGCACUAUGGCCUCCUCCCUCGAAGAGCUCGUGGCCAUUUGGAGUCACUUGCGCCUGCGUCGUGGACGUUCUGUUGAACUCGGUGCUGGUUCUGCUCUUCGCAACCGGAAAGUUGCAGACGACCCGGGAAAUCCUUCCGGGCUUGAUGGUGGAAACUCUGGCUAGCUUCAUUCUCUUCGCGUUCUUUGCCCGCUGGGAGGACCAGAGGCACAUCAUCACAGCUUGGCAAGCUGUGCAGGCCGUUCGCUUCUUUCUCGUCCGCCGCGCAAUCUAUGCCAGCCUCGGUACUUUCGUUGCAAGCCUUCUCUUGCUUUUGGCGGUCUCGUCAGUGGGAGUCAUGGCUGAGCUUGCUAUUGACCAUGACGUGCGGUUGCCACCUUUUGAGCCCUUGAAGUUCGAUCUGAACCGACCACGACAUGGCUGGCUGGGACCCUACGCGGAGUGGGUGGAGUCCAAGUAUCUCCGCUGGCUCAUCACCGGAUGCUUCUUCCUUGCAGACCAGGUCAGGGUCCUCCUGUUCGUGUAUCUAUGCAGCGAGGGGCCGGAGAAUGACACAGCCCAGGUCAGUGAUGGCACCUUCCACCAGGUUGCAGCAAGUGCAGUGAUCUUCCAAUGUCUCGUCUACGCCCUUUACAACAUAACGGCCUUCUACGCAACAUACCUCCGAAUGAAGACGUGGUAUGAGCAAGACCCACUCUUGCAGGCUUACCGGACGGGGCCCUAUGAGGUGCCGGCCUUGGCGCCCGACCAAGGCCCCGACUCUGAUCUUCUAAAGCAACUCCAGAGCCACAAGUGCCGUUCCAUCACGGUCGUGAUUCCCGCGUACAUGCCCAACGAGGAGGACAUCUUGUUGGAUUGCCUGGAGGUCUACCGAGAAGAAGCAGCCAAGUAUCCAGGCUGCCUGCGGGUCAUGCUUGUGUGGAACUCGCCUCAGGAGCAUACUUGGAUUGAGCAGAAGCUGCUCGAACUCGAGGCGGAGUGGCCUGCCCUUGAGGUGCACCGCAACCACAUGUCAACGUCGAAGUGCGACAACUUGAAUCUGGCCGUCGAGCUGCUCGAAACCGACUUUGCCCUUUUCAAUGAUGUCGACACCAUGGUGUCCGCUGAAAGUAUGUGCCGGGCGUCGCUCCGAUUGUUCAGAGACGGCCACCAUGCUGUGCAGGCGAACCUGGUGCACUGCUGGGAAGACUUUGCCGGCCUCACCGACACGGGAUUCUACCCCUAUGGGCCCCUAACAACCUGCAUGGAUGCCUUGGUUUCGGAAAAUGAGUUCAUCUACCCACACUUGCAGAUGCCAUUCUGCCACGGCCGAGGCUCCUUCUGGCGAACGGAUGCCAUCAAGAAGGGCUGGGCUUACUAUGGCUUUACAGGUGCGGCUGAUGCCAACAUCCUGUGUCAAGAGCGUGAGCCACCAGACUUUCAGAACUGGCUUAGUCAGCGCACCCGCUGGUACAACGGACAGGUCCAGAAACAGCGAGCACAUACAUGGCUUGUCCGCUCCAAGCACAUCUCGGCAUUUCCAAAGAUGCUGAACGUCUACUUGGACUGGGUCAAAAAGCCAUUCCAGGUUUGGGCAUUCGCCCUUUUCAUGUGGACGCCAGCCUUUGUGUUGAAAUCCCGACCGUGCGCCUUCAAUCCGGUACUUGUGACAACAGUCAUGGGCACCACAGUCGCUCUUCCAGUCUGGCUUCUCUUGCUCCUACUCGUGCCAUGGGCGACCCAGAAAGCUGCAUCCUACCUUUGCACACGCUAUCGUCCACGUUGGCUCGCCUAUAUCAUCGCCAGUUUCAUCGCCCCAUUGGCUUACAAUGCAGUGAGAGAAACUCUUGUGAGGUGCCGUAUGCUGCAUGAUUGCCUUUGGAGUGGGCAUGUGAAGUUCGUAUGCACUACCAGGGACAAGACGCCAUCACGUUCCCCAUCCGUCCUGUCACCCGCAUCGCGUAUGUCGCCCAAGGCUUCCUUCUACGGUGACUUGGCGGCGGCGGGGCCGACAGAGUCGGGAUAG